GUAAUUGUCUUAUUGGGAGUAUAGUUCAACUACCGGUCUUAAAAAGUUUAUAAAAUAUGUCAAAAUAUUCUAGAUUUUGGGAAUUUGGGAGGAAAAUAAUAUGCGUUGGCCGUAAUUUUAGAGCUCACGCUAAAGAACUAGGCAACGAAGUUCCUGAUGAUCCCAUUAUAUUUUUGAAACCUUCUACAGCCUACGUUCGCGAGCCGAAUAAAAUAAGAUUACCUCCGAAUACAAAUGAACUUCAUCACGAAGUCGAGUUAGGCCUCGUUAUCGGAAAGAAUGGAUCAAAUAUAACGGAAGAAAAUGCAAUGGAACAUGUUGCUGGUUAUUGCGUUGCGCUUGAUAUGACUGAUCGCGAUAAGCAGACAGCUUUAAAGAAAAAAGGUUUGCCAUGGAGUUUAGCAAAAAGUUUCGAUACUUCCUGUCCAGUUGGAGACUUUCUACCCAAGGAAAUGAUACGCAAUCCUGAGGACGUUCGUUUAUGGCUAAAGGUAAAUGACGUUAUGAAGCAGGAUGGUCAGACGGAUUGUAUGAUUUUCUCUCCGAGUAAGCUAAUAUCAUUUGUUAGUGGUUAUUUCACUUUGGAAGAAGGAGACUUAAUUUUGACUGGAACCCCGUCUGGAGUUGGUCCUGUCAGUGCCGGAGAUAGGAUCGAAGCUGGAGUGAAUGAAUUAUCUAGUAUAAAAUUCCUUAUUGAAUAA